UUCGCUUUUUGGUAUCCUCUGGUUACACUGUUUCAGUCCACAUCAGCUGAAGUACGUAGAUUAGCAACGAGGUGCACUUUCAUUAGGUUUUUUAGCGACUAAUUUCCAACCAAAAGCUCAACAAUCCGAUUGAUUGUGCAGUUUAUCACAGUGAAUAGCAUAAUGACAGAUCAGGAGCUGCUCUCACAAUUCCAGUCGCUCGGUAUGAGUGAGCAAAAGGCCAAAGAAACUCUGAAGAACGCAAAUGUUACCAAGAAUUUGCAACUCGCAUUGACUGAAGUGAAAGGCGCACCUCUCGGCGAUGGCGUGGGCAUGCUGCUUUAUCAUGUGGCUAGUAAAAUGAAGCCGCAAGUAGCUCACGAGCUUCCAUUACUCGCCCGAUAUAUCGUGGAACGCAAAUUAGACAGCACAUUAAGAGUGGAUGCCGCAAUUGAAUAUAUUUUGAAGAAUGUUCAAAAGAAAGGUGCGUCCCUUAACAAACAAGAAUUCGAAGAGGCGUGUGGAGUCGGAGUGGUCGUGACACCCGAAGAAAUCGAACGCGUUGUACAAGAGCAAGUAAAGUUGCAUAAAGAUGCGCUGCUGGAACAGCGUUAUCAUUUCAACGCAUUCAAAAUUAUGCAAGACGUACGUGCGCAACUCAAAUGGGCAGACGCUAAAUCGGUAAAGUCGGCUAUUGAUGUAGAAAUUUUUGAUUUGCUCGGCCCAAAAACUGAUGAAGAUUUGAAGCCUCUACCCAAAACUGAAAAAAAGAAAGACAAAGCAAAAGUGACGCCAGCUGAUAAAACUAGUAACACCAGCAAUGGAAAUGCGUUAAUUACAGAUAGUGCUGAUGCGGAUAGCAACGAUGGUGCUAAUACCAUAGCCGAACUGAUGAAAACGAAAGUACAUUUCCAUAUACCAGGGGAAAACUACAAAACUGAUGGAUAUAUAGUAACGGAACACACAGAACGUCUACUAAAAGAACAUUUAAAGCAAACUGGUGGUCGAGUGCAAACACGUUUUCCUCCAGAACCAAAUGGUAUUCUACAUAUUGGGCAUGCAAAAGCGAUUAACAUCAAUUUUGGCUAUGCUGCUUCAAAGGGUGGCGUUUGCUAUCUGCGCUAUGACGAUACUAACCCUGAGAAAGAGGAAGAGAAAUUUUUUGUAGGCAUACGCGAUAUGGUCGAAUGGCUGGGCUAUAAACCGUACAAAAUUACACACUCGUCAGACAACUUCCAGCAACUGUAUGAGUGGGCGGUUGUGCUGAUACGCAAGGGUUUGGCGUACGUUUGCCACCAAGGUGCAGAUGAGAUGAAAGGAUUCAAUCCGAAACCGAGUCCCUGGCGUGAACGGCCAAUCGAAGAGUCAUUGCAACUUUUCGAAGAUAUGAAAAAUGGAAAAAUAGAUGAGGGCUCAGCAACGCUACGUUUGAAACUAACUUUGGAGGAAGGUAAAGUCGAUCCUGUUGCUUAUCGCAUUAAAUUCAUACCGCAUCAUCGCACUGGGAAUGACUGGUGUAUUUAUCCUACAUAUGACUACACUCACUGCCUCUGUGAUUCUAUCGAAAAUAUUACUCAUUCACUAUGUACUAAAGAGUUCCAAUCACGCCGUUCUUCCUAUUAUUGGCUCUGCAACGCUCUGGAUAUCUACUGUCCCGUUCAGUGGGAAUAUGGUCGCCUUAAUAUGAACUAUGCGCUAGUCUCUAAGCGUAAAAUUAAUAAGCUUAUUACCGAACGUAUUGUAAGCGACUGGGAUGAUCCACGCUUAUUCACGUUGACUGCUUUGCGCCGUAGAGGAUAUCCUGCAGAAGCAAUCAAUAACUUUUGCGCACAAAUGGGUGUCACAGGCGCGCAAAUUUCUGUGGAUCCCAGCAUGCUAGAGGCAGCAGUUCGCGAUGUACUCAAUGUGAGCGCACCACGGCGGCUUGUCGUUCUUGAACCCCUGAAGAUAACGCUCGCCAACUUCCCACAUGAAAAGCCCAUAGAAAUAGAAGUACCUAACUUUCCACAGAAUCCUGAAUUGGGCAGCCAUCGCAUAGUACUGGAUCGCAUAAUCUUCAUUGAACAAAGUGACUUUAAGCUAGAGCCUGAAAAGGGAUAUCGCCGACUAGCACUAAACCAAACUGUUGGUUUGCGUCAUGCUGGCUUAGUCAUUUCUGUAAAAGAAGUUAAACGAAAUCCACAAACCGGUGAAAUUUCAGAACUAAUCUGUGAAUGUACGCCAGCUGAACAAGCAGAAAAGCCCAAGGCAUUUAUACAAUGGGUUUCACAGCCAAUCAAAUUGGAAGUGAGGCUCUAUGAAAGAUUGUUCAAGCACAAGAACCCUGAAGACCCCAACGAAGUGCCCGGUGGUUUCCUCUCAGAUAUCAAUGAAGAUUCUUUAGUUAUAUUAGAAGCAUAUGCUGAUCGUGCACUAUCCAGCGUUGAAGUGUAUGAAAAAUUCCAGUUCGAACGAAUUGGUUUUUUUUCAGUAGAUCCGGACACUACCACAGAUCACAUUGUUUUCAAUCGUACAGUGGGUUUGAAAGAAGACGCUGGCAAGAAAUGAAUGCUCAAAUAAGGCAAAAGAUGCCUUUGUAAAAAUACAGUUACUGUUAUGUAUUUAAAAAAGAAUGGCUAUUUAUAAAAUCUUUUAAUUUCAUAAAAAAAAAAUAAAAACAAUUACAACCAA